AUACUAAUCAGAUGAAUAUUCAAUAAAAAAUUGAAGGUGUAUUUUCACAGUGAAUUUAUCUGAUAAACAAUGUGUUUUCAUUGGUUAGAGAUAUUUAUUUAUUUAUUUAUUUUUAAAGAUUGUAUUUAUUUAUUUAUUCAUGAGAGAGAGAGAGAGAGAGAGGCAGAGACACAGGCAGAGGGAGAAGCAGGCUCCAUGCAGGGAGCCUGAUGCAGGACUCAAUCCCGGGACUCCAGGAUCAUGCCCUGAGCCAAUGUCAGGAACUAAACCACUGAGCCACCCAGGGAUCCCCAGAUUUUUACUUAAAAAGUAAAAUACACUCAUGAUUUUCGAAAUCCAAAUAAAAUAUAACAGGAUAUUCAGUGAAAAAGAUGUCAUUUUGUGACCACAAGCUCUUGAUUAUCUUUCAUUCUUCUAAGGGGCCACCUCUUAAGUGUCCUUCCUGAGACCAUCUGUACAUUUUUAUCUGCCUACACCAGGGUUUCUCAGCCUCUGCACUGUUGAUGUUUUGGGCUGCUAAUUCUUUGUUGGAGGUGGAUUGCAGAAUGUUUAGUUGUAUCUCUGGCCUCUGUGCGCACUAGAUUCUGGUGCACCAACCCACUCCUUAGUUUUUACAACCAAUCAUAAUUCCCUGAGGGGAACUACUGGCCUACUAGACCAUGAGUGUUAUGUUUGUAUGUGUAUCUUUUUUCCUACUUAGAGAAGAGCAUUCCAUACAUGCUGUGGUUAUGCUUUGUUUUUUGCCCCUAACCGUAUAGCUUCAAGUUCUUUCCAUAUUAUUACAGAAAGACCCACCUUCUUUUUUAUGGCUGCAUAUAUUCGUGUAUUUUACUGAACAGGUUUUAUUUAUGUAGCCAGUCCCCCAUAUUAAAGGUCUUUGGGGUUGUUUACAUCCAAUGCUGCCACAAAUCUCAUUCAGCAAAUAUUUAGUGUCUGUAGUGUGCCAGGCCCUUUGUUUUAGAGGACUAAGCCUUAGGCCUGGUCUAGUGCACUAUGUAGGCUGGCCUCCUAGACACAGAAUUGUUAAAUAAGGGUGUGUGUAUCGCCUUCACCUUAGUGCAUCAUUACUUGCCUGUGGAAUAUUGUAAAUUAUAUCCAGUACUAAACUCCUAAUAUUUAGUAAUUAGACUAAGGAGUGGCUUCUAGGUUCUGUUGUACAACCUACACUACAAUGUAAUGUAGUUCUGGCACAUUUCUCCUAAGAAUUACUAAAUGCUAAAAUGUAUCAAUAUGCCAACUCUGUUUGGAUAAACUAAUGAAAAGAGUAUAUAUGUAUUGACCAAGUGAAACACUGAGAUCCAGUGAAACACUGGUUUAGCUGUGUAGAUUUGAGGGAUGACAAAGACAUGAAAAGGAUGAAGCAAACACUUCAUUAGGGUGUCAUUGAUGGCAUAAGCAGUCCCUUUCCCAAACCCCAGCUACUAAAGCUGUGUUUUCCAAAUUGGAUAAGUAUCUGUUUUCAUUCCUAAUAGUUGGACUUCCUGCUUUCUUGGGUCUUCUUGUUUACAAAGAUAAAAGCUAAGUCAAGUCAAUACUUAAGACAUGUGCUCUAGAAUUUCAGCUAAACAGUUUAUUCUUGAUCGUGCCGAAUAUGUGACACAUAUUCUCAGCUUUCUCUGAGAAUGAAUAAAACCGCAGUUCUGUCUUCUUGUUCAGGACAGAAGAGACUACUGUGAGAAUACUUCAGCUCAUCAAAAUUCCCAGGCUACUUAGCAUUCUAACUCAUGCUCUCACCAAAUGCCUUUCCACUCCAGGAUUGCUUUCCUGAAGCAAGUACACAUUCCUGCUUUAAAGAGAAUCAGAAUCUGCUUGGUGAAAUCGUACUUUUUAUGAUUGGGGGCUAAUACUUUUACUGUAGUAUACUUCAAAAAAGCAGAUAGAAUCCAAGAGUAGAAGUUCAGUAGAUAUUGUUAGAAAAUCACAUUAAAGUAGACAUUGGUAUUUUAAAAGUGAAGUUUGGUCAUUUUUUAAACUUCUUACAUCUGUGUUGGUUGCAGUCUUUUGAUUUCUGGUACUCGAGAAUGUUUGCACAGUUCUGCAUUAAGAUAAGGCCCUGUGUAGAGGCAGUAUGAUUACCAGGUGACAGCCUAUGGACCUCAGUGAACCUAGCCAUAGGGAAACUUCCUGAGAACAUCUCAUGCAAUGAAGUGGAGCACAGAUGUUUUUGAGGAAGUGAGAAUUUGUUAAGUAGUCAUUUCUGCCAUUGGAUACUUUUCUUUUUCCUUAAAAAAAAUAAUAAUAAUGAUUAUUCACAUUUAGAAUUAAAACUCUUCCUUUAAGGGGAGCCUGGCUGGGUCAAUAGGCAGAGCAUAUAACUCUUGAUCUCUGGGUUGUGAGUUCAAGCACCCACAUUGGGCAGAACUAACUUUAAACAAAAAACCCUUCUUCCGUUAAAAAUGUUAUUCCCAGGGGAUCCCUGGGUGGCGCAGCGGUUUAGCGCCUGCCUUUGGCCCAGGGCGCGAUCCUGGAGACCCGGGAUCGAAUCCCACAUCAGGCUCCCAGUGCAUAGAGCCUGCUUCUCCCUCUGCCUGUGUCUCUGCUUCUCUCUCUCUCUCACUGUGUGCCUAUCAUAAAUAAAUAAAAUAAAAUAAAAAAAUUUAAAACAAAAAUGUUAUUCCCAGCCUAAAUGGCUAUUAGCAAGGGUUAAGUAGUAGAUACACAUUGGUAUAGUGGACUGCUAAGUCAUUAUAUGCAAAUGAUAAUUGUGAUAGCUCAUCACAUGGAAAGAUCAUGUCUUAAGUGGCAAAAAUAAAGCAGAGAAUAAGGCUUAUUCCUGCUAUAAUAAAACCUGUGUUUAGAUUAUGUGUACGUACGACAAGGACUGGAAUUAAAAAGGAAAGAAACAUAUAAGAUGUUUUCUGUGAGAGGACCCUGUGGGAGUUAGCACCAUGACUGUAUCAAGACUGGCUCGGUUACUUGGCGGCGUCCCGGCCACCAAAUGGAGAGCAGCAAGAUCACCCCUUCUGUGUCAUUCUCUGAGGAAAAUGAGUUCUCAAGGAGAAAAAUCCAAACCUGUCAAACAGUUUCUUAUGAGGCUAAAGUUACCAGAAGGUUGUUUUGAUGCACCAGAAGAUUCUAAUUUAGAGAAAGACCCACUGACAAAAUUUCCAGAUGAUAUUAAUCCUGUUACCAAAGAAAAAAGUAGACCCAGAGGCCCAGAACCUGCCCAAUAUGGGGAUUGGGAAUGAAAGGACACCGUAUUGAUUUUUAAGCCACAUACUAUUAACUUCAUAACAUGUUUCAUGACAGCUGUCAAAUCAAAUAUCUAUAUAGGUAAAAUUUGGUGGCCUGAAAACAGUUUUGGUCUUUAUAUCCAUCAAACAUUAACAAAAAAAAAAAAAAAAAGACUUCCAAAAGAUGAUGUAGCAGUGAUGGAUAUGCAUCACUCAGAUCUCCUCCUGGAGAAGGAGAGUUGACUGAAAACCCCAGCUGCUGCUCCAUGGAAUCCACCCCUGUGUUCCUGCUGAGGCUACACUUACUUCUCCCAGGCUGUUCCCAGUCAGUGAGUGAGUGUGGUGGAGGACAUUGGCCCACCCAGUACUUUCUUCAGACUAUACUGCUGUCUGAGACUCUUCCUACCCAAUCCUCUUUUCCUUCUCUCUCUCCUUCACAGGUGUCAAACUCUGCCUACUUUUCCCUUUCAUAAUUCAAAAUGUUUCCCCAGUAAAUCUCUUUCCCGUUUAAUACUAUUUUAUCAUUUGUUCCUCAGAGAACUCAAAACAACAUGGAUGGUUUUAUGAGAACAGCUUAUAGAAGAACAACUUAUAGAUAGGUUUUCAGAAAAUGCCACAAAGCUUGUGGCUUUUUCUAGUAUAAUCAUAGUCUAACCAUUUAAAUUUUACAUUGAGGAUUUCUGGGAAAUUACAGGUUGUACAUUAUAUAGAGGGCUCAUACCAUGGAACCUUGUACAGAUUAGGUGUUUUGGUGGAAUUAUGUCCAACAUUUUUUCUUAUUUUGAUGUCCGUUGCUGUGACCUACUAGUAGUCAAAAUGUACUGUACCUAUUAUUAAACUUGAAGAGCCAGCCUAAAGCCAUAUUCUGCAAAUAAAUAACAAAUGUUCAUUGGAUGAAUGGUAUAUAUAGUUUAGUGACCAAACUUAGUUACAGUAAUUGUUAAUGAUGUAUCGGCAAUUUUAAUGAUAAUUUCAGGGCAGGACGGUAAUUUUAGAAGUGCAGGAUAAGAAUGGCAGUGGAAUGUUAACCAAUACUGAAUGAUCACUUAGGAAGGAAAGUUUAAAAAAAAAAAAAAGGUGGUUGGUAGUGACUUUGGUUUUUUGGCAUUUUUCCCCCUCUUUUGUUUUGGGUUUUUUUUUCUUUGCAUGUAGUUGUUUUUAUUCUUUUAGGAUCCCUACUAGUGUCACAAGGAUGUUUUUAAAUAGUUAAAAUUUUAAAAUACUUGUUGAACCCCUUUCACUUAUACUUCCUAAGGGAACAUUUUAUAGCUAGAAAUCUAAUAUCUGUCUUUAAGCUUAUGAAGAAACAAAUAAUGUCAAAUAGCCAGGGUUUUUGUGAAUGUUUAAUACAUACUACGUUAAAACUAAGUUUAUAUUUACACUG